AUGUCCCGACAUAUUUACACCCGCAACGGGAUAGGCGAUGGUGUCCAAAAGCCUAUGUUCCAGGGGAACCGAGGGACUUACUCUCGCCGCAGCAGGCUGAAGAGGUCCGACGGCAGCACCACCUCCACCAGCUUCAUCCUCAGACAGCUCGUGUCCAACGUCCUGAUCUUCUCCUGCACCAACAUCGUGGGUGUCUGCACCCACUACCCGGCCGAGGGCUCCCAGAGGCAGGCCUUCCAGGAGACCCGCGAGUGCAUUCAGGCUCGCCUCCACUCCCAGAGGGAGAACCAGCAGCAGGUACGGCACUGGGGUGUGGUGGUGGUGGUAGGGGGGGUGAGGACACUGGGGGGGGUGAGGACACUGGGGACGCUGGACCACAUUCACAUCCUCCAGAGGGAGAACCAGCAGCAGGAACGCCUCCUCCUAUCUGUGCUUCCCCGCCAUGUUGCCAUGGAGAUGAAAGCCGACAUCAACGCCAAGCAGGAGGAUAUGAUGUUUCACAAGAUCUACAUCCAGAAACAUGACAACGUUAGCAUCCUGUUCGCUGACAUCGAGGGCUUCACCAGCCUGGCCUCCCAGUGCACGGCGCAGGAGCUGGUGAUGACGCUCAACGAACUCUUCGCCCGCUUCGACAAGCUGGCGGCGGAGAACCACUGCCUGCGCAUUAAGAUCCUGGGCGACUGCUACUACUGCGUGUCUGGGCUGCCAGAGCCACGGGCUGACCACGCUCACUGCUGUGUGGAGAUGGGGGUGGACAUGAUCGAGGCCAUCUCGUUGGUGCGGGAGGUGACCGGCGUGAAUGUGAAUAUGAGAGUGGGGAUCCACAGUGGGAGGGUGCACUGCGGGGUGCUGGGCCUGCGCAAGUGGCAGUUUGACGUGUGGUCCAACGACGUCACGCUAGCCAAUCACAUGGAGGCCGGUGGCAAAGCUGGACGGAUCCAUAUCACCAAAGCCACACUAAACUACCUGAAUGGUGACUAUGAUGUAGAGCCGGGCUAUGGGGGUGAGAGGAACGUGUACAUGAAGACGCAUAACAUCGAAACCUACCUCAUAGUGGGCUGCAGCCAGAAACGGAAAGAAGAGAAGGCCAUGAUUGCCAAGAUGAACCGGCAGCGCACCAACUCGGUCAGCCACAACGCCUCGCACUGGACCGACCGGCCCUUCUACAAUCAUCUGGGCAGCAACCAGGUCUCUAAGGAGAUGAAGAGGAUGGGCUUUGAAGAUCCCAAGGACAAAAACACACAGGAGAACCUGAACCCUGAGGACGAGGUGGACGAGUUUCUGGGCCGAGCCAUCGACGCGCGCAGCAUCGACCGCCUGCGCUCCGAGCACGUCAAGAAAUUCCUGCUCACUUUCCGAGAGCCAGACCUGGAGAAGAAGUACUCUAAACAGGUGGACUCCAGGUUCGGGGCGUAUGUGGCCUGUGCCUCCCUGGUCUUCUUCUUUAUCUGCUUCAUUCAGAUUGUCAUUGUGCCACAUUCAAACGUGAUGAUUGGGUUUUACGCAACGUGCCUGGUUCUCCUGAUGGUGGUCAUGUUCAUCUCGGCCAUAUACUCUUGUUUCGGGUGUUUCCCAGUGCCUCUGCAGACACUCUCCAAGCGCAUCGUCCAGUCCAGGCUGAACAGCACUCUUGUGGGCGUCUUCACCAUCAUCCUGGUGUUCCUCUCUGCCUUCGUCAACAUGUUCACCUGCAGCAACGCCAACUUGCGGACGUGCCUGAGCCUGGAGUUCAACGUCAACCCCAGCAGCGUCGACGCCUGCCACGUGCGCCGCUCCGCCCUGAACUACUCCCUGGGCACGCUGGAGGGCUUCUGCCACAGCUCCACGCCAAACUGCAACUUCCCCGAGUACUUCUCGUCCUGUGUGCUGCUCAGUCUGCUGGCCUGCUCCGUGUUCCUGCAGGUGAGCAGCAUAGGGAAGCUCUUCCUCAUGCUCUUCAUCGAGGUGCUCUACGUGCUCAUCAUGGAGGUGCCCGAGGUCACCCUGUUCGACAACGUGGACCUGCUGGUCAUGGCCAACGCCAUUGAAUUCAUCAAUGGAACAAGCUGCGCUUCGGACUCCAGGGUGCCGCUGAAGAUCGUGACUCCGGUGGUCAUCACCGUCUUCGUGCUGGCGCUUUACCUUCACGCUCAACAGGUGGAGUCCACAGCCAGGCUGGACUUCCUGUGGAAGCUGCAGGCUACCGAGGAGAAGGAGGAGAUGGAGGAGCUGCAGGCCUAUAACCGGCGUCUCCUCCACAACAUCCUGCCCAAGGAUGUGGCGGCGCACUUCCUGGCGCGGGAGCGGCGCAACGACGAGCUGUACUACCAGUCGUGCGAGUGCGUGGCCGUCAUGUUCGCCUCCAUCAGCAACUUCUCCGAGUUCUACGUGGAGCUCGAGGCCAACAACGAGGGCGUUGAGUGCCUGAGGCUGCUCAAUGAGAUCAUCGCCGACUUCGACGAGAUAAUCAGUGAGGACCGUUUCCGUCAGCUGGAGAAAAUCAAGACCAUCGGCAGCACUUACAUGGCCGCCUCCGGCCUCAACGACUCCACGUACGACAAGGUUGGGCGCUCCCACAUCCGAGCCCUGGCCGACUACGCCAUGCGCCUGAUGGAGCAGAUGAAGCACAUCAAUGAGCACUCCUUCAACAACUUCAAGAUGAAGAUCGGACUGAACAUGGGGCCCGUGGUGGCGGGGGUCAUUGGGGCACGGAAGCCUCAGUAUGAUAUCUGGGGGAACACGGUGAACGUGGCCAGCCGAAUGGACAGCACAGGUGUGCCGGAGAGGAUCCAGGUGACCAGUGACCUGUACCAGGUCCUGAACUCCUACAACUACGUCCUUGAGUGCCGGGGGCCUGUGAAAGUCAAGGGCAAAGGGGAAAUGACAACUUACUUUCUGAACGGAGGGCCCAGCAGCAGUUAACAUCCCCACCCUUCUCCCCUAAAGCAGCAACAGAAGCUGAGGACAGGCAGGUGUUUCUGUGUGGCUAGACCAGCAGUUGACAUACAGGACAACUAGACCUGUCCAAACACUCUGGCAUAACACUCCUCCGACUCCUCGUUAUAUUCUUAUCAAACACCCCCCCUCUCACCCUCUCCUUAUCUGCUGGGCCUGUCAGUUUGGUUGGUUAGAAUGGUGAAGAGCCUUGCACCCGUCCCCCACCUGUCCCCACCUGUCCCCUUUUGAAAGGACUGGAGGAGUGCCACAGCACAGGGCCCGUCAGGGGCCGGCGUCACCAAAAGAGGCCAAAGAAAUGCCAGCCAGGACCAGACUUGAAAGCAGGAGUCCAAAUGUCUGUUUUGUUUUCUCUGACCUGAGUGCAAAAGGCGCUCGAACUUAGAAGUGGUCUUUUCUCUCUUACCCCCCACCCCCACCCCCACCCCCCGAGGAGGCUAUAGAGGCCGUGAUCACCGUGACACGCCUGUCUUUAAGAUCCAGGAGGCUCCACAGCUCAAAAAGCUCUGCAUGAGGACACUGAAAUGUGUACACGGGUAAAACACUUGGCUGUUUUAUGUGUAUGUCUGUAUCCUUCAUUGAGCCGGUGUGUGCUUCAUAGGAUCGCAUUGUCUUUGAACACCAUGGAGUGGUACAGAUGUGGAAGUGUAAAAAAAAAAGCAACAAAAAAAACACAAAAAAAUAAACCUUGGGUGAACUAACAUGGCUGCCAAGCCAGAACCGUGACACUACCAACCCUUUACUGCAGAAGUUCUCCAACUCUGCCCGGGAGGUAACCAGGCUUGCCUGAUGCUUGGAAUCGAAAGCUGACAGUGUUAUCUGUCUGGGUACUUGAAUGAACAGAUUGAGACUGUGUGUGUGUUUGCGUGCAAGUGUUUGUGUAUGUGUGUGUGUGUGUGUGUGUAUACAUGUGUAUUUACACAAUGCUCCCCUCUCCCCAAACCUAAAUGCUCACACACAGUCCCACCGAUGUCCGUUUUAAACUGAAGACACUUUCAAUGACAGAGAGAAAGUCCAAGUAAGGGUCUUUUGUAUUUAUGACAUUUUUGUAUUUUAACUCAAAAUACCAAACCUUCAAAUAUUUUAGAUUCUAUAUUUUCUACAUUGAUAGAGAGCAAGAGAGAGAGCAAGAGAGAGAGCGAGAGAGAGAGAGAGCGAUAGAGCAAGAGAGAGAAAGAGGUCUACGGACACCAAUGUGUAUUGAGAUGUAUAUAUACCUGAUGGAAAUGUAAUUACAAAUGUGCACAUUUUUACACUCACUGCAACACAAGAGAACCCACAUGGCUCUAGUGCUUUGGAAUCGUAUAGCUCCGAGAACCACAUGGUCUCACAUAAGAACCACUCUCAAUCAGAGAAGGCUUGUCAGAAAACCCUCUCCACCACUCCCUUUAUAUUUAUACCCCCCAAUUUGAUUGAGGCAGGACAGAUGACUGAAUAAUGUAAGUUAAUGAAGGUUGAAUCAACAGUGUUAAACAUGAAAAAAGGCCUUUUGAGGUUGUUAGCUGGUCAGAAAGCAACACAGUGACAAGAUAUGCUAUGAAAAGGUCAUGUAACGUUAGCGAUGGCAGAAGACACAGGAGAUGAUGUCUUCCGGGUGCCCCAGAGCCAUUUCCUUUGCACUGCACUUCUGUCAACCUGAAUCCCC